ACGAAAUCCAAAAGUUAUACACAGUUCGGGCAGUACUGUAUAAUAGUGAUAACAUUAAAUUAAAAAUAAUGGUUUAGCAGAGUAAUAUACUUAGUGUCAUUAAUUUAUGACAAAAUAAAUUUAAGUAGAAAAUAUGGAAUGGAAAAUAGUGUUCGCCAUUAACAAUUUUAUUAUAUUUAUUCAAUGUGAUUUAUCAGGAAAAAUAUAUCAAACAAAUGCAGCUUUAGAAAAAGAAAAUCACAUGUAUUGCUAUGAAUGUAAUACAAUGAUGAAUGGCAAGAGUUGCAGUAAUUUUACUGACAAAGAACAAUAUACUAAAUACUCAACUAAAUGUACUGGAGAGAGAAAAACUUGCAUGGUGAAGCGAUAUUCAUAUACAACAAGUAAUGAGAGCUCCACAUCCACUCAACAAUUGUGGUCACUCGAAAGAAAUUGUUCAGUUAAAUGUGAGCCCGGUUGUAUUAUAAUUGGAGAAAGAAUUAAGAUAUAUGCUUGUCAAGCAUGCUGUGAAACUCCUUUAUGCAACAUAUCAAAUGGUACCAAAAGCAUUAUGCAGAAAAAUCAAUUUUUUUUAUCAUCAAUUAUUGUUCUAGUAUCCUUAUUUUUACUAUGGAGGUAGAACAAUAAUUUACUACAACAAUGAACCUAAUUUUCUGUUCUCAGAUUUUUAGGUGAUAUGCAUGAAUUAAUUUUAAAAAUAUGUCAUUUGUUAUGGUUGCAUAUUUUAAAUGUAACAAUGAUUAAGUUAAAGUUCUAAUAACUAAUAAUAAUAUUUCUAUGUUUAUCCAAAAUUAUUUUUAUAUUCAACUAUAUGGUUUUAAAUUAUUGUAUUAAAAUUUAAUUUUACGAUGUAUAGAACAACAUAAAAGAUAUCUAUUCAAAAUU